AGAGGCUGUUGAUGUGAAGCAGGACGGAGCUGGGUCAACGUGACAAUGUCAACUGCUGGAGACCAGAUGUGUGGGCUGAUUUAAGGACAUGCUGAGAAACGGAUGCUAAUGAUGUGAGAUUAUUCAUGAAUCUCAUCAUUGCUCCAUCCCAUCAUCAUCCCAUCAGCCCACAGACAGGUCCUCACAGGGGGGAGCACCUGCUGUCCCGCUCCGCGCUGCAGCGUCUGGGUGAGAGCAGAUGAUUAGUGCACAUCUGGAGAGGAAGGCAGACCUGUGGGCUUCACACACACACACACACACACACACACACACACACACCCCUUAUCGGACUUUAACAACAUCACACGCACGGGGGAGACGUAACGCCCGUGACUUUCCAUCCCGGGAGAUCCAGACAUGAUGCCCAGUUUCCCGGGCGGCGGCAGGACAACGCGCGGGGCCACGGGCACCCUCCUGUCGGCGUGUCUGGUCUCCGCCUGUCAAGCGCUCCGGAGCUGCGGGGAGGUCCAGUGCGGCGACGGCCAGCAGUGCUGCCCGCCCAUCGUGGCCGGGAACGGCAGCGCCAGCUCCGCGGUGCGCUGCUGCAAGCUCCCCAUCCACAUCUUCUUCGACAACGUGGGCUGGUUCACACGGAAGCUGUCGGGCAUCCUGAUCCUGCUCCUGCUCUUCGCCAUGGGCUACUUCAUCCAGCGGAUCAUCUGCCCGCGGCCCCGCCGGCACCCGCACCAGGACCGCAGCGAGGAGCCCUCCCUCUUCCACGGGCACGCGUCAGCGUCAGCGUCCCAGGACUCCCUGCUGGACCGGUACCCCGAGUACAGCCUGGGGGACUUCACCUCCCCCAGCCUGCCGGCCUACGACGAGGUCAAAUACUUGCCCACGUAUGAGGAAAGCAUGCAGGAGAUGCACAGGGACCGGUCGGAUGAUAACUUGCUGGCGGAACAUGAGAGGAGCGGUCGGGGGAGAGUGAGAGCGGCGGGGCCGAGGGCUGCAGAGCAGAGGCGGGAUGUCCUGGAGGUGUCAGGACCGCAACACAGCCCAAGGACAUCACGGAACUCAGUGUGACGGAGAACGAGACAAUAUAGUAUUCUUAUUUUAAUACCAUCAGGGUGAUCAUCCUGCUGAGAUACAAACUCAAGUGCAAUUAUAAUCCUGAAUGUCCAGAAUAAAGGAGGAGGCUGAGAAAAA